CUCUGAGACUCAACCACACUCUCUGACUACACCAGACAGGCUGCGGAUUACCACAGAGAAGGAGCAGAUCGCCCUAACAGGAAAAUCUUUGUGCAAUGGCAGAAAAAGUUUACAAAAAGACCAGUGGAAAUGGCCAGCUCACUCUCUACCUGGGGAAGAGAGACUUUGUUGACCAUGUUGACUCAGUGGAUGCUGUUGAGGGUGUAGUGAAAAUCGACCCUGCAGACCUUGACGACAGAAAAGUUUGGAUUCAGCUGGCCUGCGCUUUCCGUUAUGGUCGUGAAGACCUGGAUGUGAUUGGGCUUUCCUUCAGAAAAGACAUCUGGAUUCAGCACAUCCAGCUAUAUCCUGAUGCAGGCCACAAACCCGCCCUGACAGAGAUGCACAACACUCUCCUAAAGAAAGCUGGAGAGCAGGGCCAUCCAUUCACCUUUAAUAUCCCUACCAAUCUCCCCUGCUCUGUUACACUUCAGCCUGGCCCAGAUGACCAAGGAAAGGCUUGCGGUGUUGACUUUGAGGUCAAAGCCUACGUGGCCAAAUCAGCGGAUGACCCCGAUGAGAAAGUCGACAAGAAGGACACUUGCCGCCUUAUCAUUCGUAAAAUCCAGUUCGCUCCCGAUAACACAGGUUCUGGACACAAAGCUGAGAUCUGCAAGAGCUUUAUGAUGUCUGACAAGCCUGUUCAUCUGGAAGCCUCUCUGGACAAGGAAAUCUUCUACCAUGGUGAUCCCAUCCCCAUUAACAUUAAGGUCAAGAACGAGACAAACAAAGUUGUGAAGAAAAUAAAGGUUACAGUUGACCAAACCACAGACGUCGUUCUCUACUCAGCCGACAAAUACACCAAGAAUGUGCUGAAUGAAGAGUUUGGGGAAACUAUAGAAGGGAGUGCAAAUUUUGAAAAAACCCUCAAGAUCACUCCUUUGCUGUCAAGCAACAAGGAGAAACGUGGCUUGGCAUUGGACGGCAGGCUUAAAGAUGAAGACACCAAUUUGGCCUCAACCACUAUAUUGAGGGCAGGAAUGGAUAAGGAAGUUUUGGGAAUUUUGGUGUCCUACAAGAUCAAAGUUAACCUCAUGGUAUCAGGUGGAGGUCUGCUGGGAGGUCUGACAGCAAGUGAUGUGACCGUAGAGCUGCCUCUGACCCUGAUGCACCCCAAACCCAAAGACUGAAUGUCCGUGUAAGAUUCCACAGGACAGACGUUACCCUCGAGUACAUUCCCUCACAGCGAGACAGCACAGGAAAAAGUCACGUCUCAGACAAUGACAGGAGUAUAUAAUAACACCGCUUCUUGGAGAAAGUGCUCCCUGAUGGUCAUCAUAUUUCCUAUACAUUAUCCCAUAGUUUACAAAGUGUGUGUGAGUGAGGAAUUUCAAAAUCUAUGGAGUUUAAUCACUUCAUUGUGUAUGCUUGUGUUAACUUGUCUUGCCUAGUGUGUAGUCAUUUAAAUAUCAGCAACUCAUGUGACUUUGUGUUGUUUGUUUUGUCAUGUCUGGAAUUUUUGACUCUUGAGUCAUAAAACCAAAUAAAAUACCUCCAAAACCUUCAUGUA